AUGGCGUGCAUUGCUGACAGCUUUUCGCAGCUGUCUCUGGCCUUUGUGGGCAGAGGAGCUACCAUGACUUCUCCAAAUACCACCAGUUCAGGAAUUAUGACCUGUCUACCGGUCGGAUACGUCGUACAUACCUUCACACAGCCCCAUCGCCUCCAAUCCGCAAUCCACGAGAUAUAUACCAGUCUCAUGGAAGGAGGAACAAAUCAAUACUUGCUAGUCCUCGGACUUACACCGCGUAUGAUUCAGCGUCUUAAUGAAGAACCCCGUUGCCUUGGAAUUUCAUACAAACUUGAAUGGGACGGCAGUACUGGACUUUUGAUGAUCCCUAGCUUUUCCCAUGAGCUAGCGACAAGUCGAACCUGUGGUCAAAUCACAUAUACCAGUACCAUUAUGGGCAUUGACCCGAUUCAAUACGACUGGAUUGGUACAGGAACCUAUAAACCAACGCCGAACAAGGGAAAACAACCAGACAAUGGACUUGUGCCCGAAUCUCGCAGAGGAGGCAACAUGAACGAGUCUGGAUGGCCUACAUUUGUCAUCGAGACCGGCAUGUCGGAGUCCCUAUCCCAGCUCGAGAGAGACGCAGUAUGGUGGUUCAACAAUUCUGGGGGUGAGACACGUUUUGUGCUUCUUAUCAACAUCACUAGUGCGAAAGUCAGCUUUUUUCUCUGGCAACUUGCGCCAGCCAAUUCACCUGUUCCCCUCUCCUUAGGAGAUAUUGACCUUUUAAAGCGCAUGAAUGCGCUCCCGCCAAUGACUCCGACACCCCUCAUCCAGCAACAGCCAAUUUGUCUGCAAGAAGUUCACGCCUGGAGACCAGGUGGUCAAGGUACCCGGCUCGCAACAUCGGGACAAUUAAGCUUCAAUUUUGAAGCUUUGUUCAAUCGCCCACCUCGAAAGGCGAGACAAGAGAAAGAUAUCUUGUUCUCAAACUCUCAGGUCCAAGCUGUUCUCAUCAAUUGGAAUUGCUAG